UUCACCGAUCCUUUAGGUUUAGCAAAUCCAGCAAAACGAGUUUGGACUUGAACUCUAGGGCUGGAAACCCAAAUUCUAAUCGGUUUCUUUUUAAAUUUCAGUUAUCUUUCUGGAAUUUGGCGGGUUCAUGGAAUCCCAAGGACAGAAAACUUCGAACAAUCCCAAGGCCAUGCUUUCAUCUAUUUUGAGUAAGAGACAAAAGCUUCAGGAAGAACUUCGAACCAUCGAAAAGCAGGUGUAUGAAUUAGAGACAAGCUACUUACAAGAAUCAAGCAAUUUUGGGAACGUGUGGAAAGGAUACGAAGGGUUUCUUUCUUCAUCAAAGAACACUGCAAACUUGAAAAGGUCGAGAAAAUUUCAGCAUGAAGAUAGGCUUUUUUCAUUGUCAUCAGUUACCUCGCCAGCGGCUGAAGAGCUUGGAGCAGGACGAGAAGAGGGAAGAUCAGAUAUGGGUCCAGGCAGACCUAAAGGUGGAGGCCUAACUAUUAAUGGACAGGGGAAACCGAAGAAAGGAAGAAGUGGACCAAGAGAUGGGCGGAAAAUCCGGCUGUCUAAUGACCUGGAUCUUGAUGAUGACGAUGAUCACGAUAUGGGUGGCAUGAGAUAGUUAAACCUCAAAAGGGGAUGCUAUUAUAAUCUCUGUUUGUGUGUUUAAUUUUGUUUUCUAUUUUUCAUAACUUGAUGACUUUUAAUUUGAAGAUGUAAGCUAAGUUGAGAUCCAUCCAUAUUUGUGAUCAGCAGUCAUUAAGAGGGGGACUUUGCUUGCAAC